AUGUGCAAAGCCUUUCCACAAACACUGACUAAUGCUGCUAGAGAUUGGUUCUCAACAUUGGAGCCCAACUCCAUAGCCUCAUUCUCAGAUUUGGCUGAUAAGUUCUCAUCCUUCUUUGCAAGUAGCAAGCGAAUCAAGAAGACCGCAGCCUCUCUGAUGCAGCUUCGCCAGGGACCAACUGAAACCCUACGAGGAUUUAUGACAAGGUUUAACAAGGAAAGGCUUCAAAUACCCGACCUUCACAUCACAGCAGCUGUCUCCGCCCUCACUUACGCCGUAAGAUAUGAAGCUUUCAAGAUCUCUUUAUCAAAGACCCCGCCGCAGAUAGUGACCGAUCUCCUCACCCGAGCUGAAAAAUACAUUAAUAUGAAGGAAACACUAAAUCCAAUGAGACCUGGUCCUUCUCAUGAAAAGAUCGAGAAUAAGAGGCAACAUGAUCCCGUCUCCCGGCAUGAGGUUCCCCUGGAUAAGCGCAGGAACGAGGUGCCAUCAGCACCUCUCACUCGGUUGAACACCUCUAAGACAAACAUUUUGAUGGAGGUUAGGGAUAUGAAAGAAUUAAAGUGGCCUUCAAGGAUGAAGUCGCCCCUUGACACAAGAGAUAGGAGCAAGUAUUGCGAAUUUCAUCGGGAUCAUGGGCAUACUAUAGAGGAUUGUCAUGCUUUACAGCGAGAAAUUGAAGCCCUUAUCAAAAAAGGAUUUUUAAAGAAUUACAUUGGUCAUGAUAAACGACCAAGGAAUGACCGUGACAAUCGAAAAGAGCCUGGGGUCGGAAGCAGUGCUCAACCAACUGCCGGAACCAUUAGUAUUAUCGUUGGGGGCAUAGCAUCCGGUGGAGACACAAGUAGUGGUCGAAAGCAGUAUGCCCGCCAACAUGCUCAUACCCCAAGAGAAUCCCGUGACGAAGUCAAAGACAUCACUUUCGGAGCAAGAGAUUUGGAAGGAAUAUCAUAUCCUCAUGACGAUGCCUUGGUCGUCUCGGCGGUUGUGGCUAACUUCGAAGUAAGGAGGAUUCUGGGAUUUGGUGGUGGAGUCAUUAUCCCUGAGGGCAUCGUCGAGCUCCCGCUUACAUUAGGAUCUGGUAAUACACAAGUAACGGAGAUCACGCCAUUCCAAGUGGUUAACACCCCAAUGGCCUAUAACAUCAUUCUGGGAAGACCCCUACUGAACAAGAUCCAGGCUAUUGUAUCAACAUUCCACCUUGCCAUGAAGUUCCCCACAGGUCAUGGCAUCGGAGUAGUUAGAGGAAACUAA